AUGCCUCCUCCGCCCCCUCCUCCUAAGAGCGUCCUGGGUCGCCACCGUCUCCUAGCCCCCUCGGCGUCGGUGCGUGUGAGCCCUCUGUCACUAGGCGGCAUGAGUUUAGGCGACAACUGGAAGGGCAUGAUGGGUGAAUGCACAAAAGAGCAGGCAUUUGAGCUUCUGGACACCUACUAUGACCUAGGAGGGAAUUUCAUCGACACAGCCAAUAUGUACCACUUCGGACAGAGCGAGGAGUGGAUCGGCGAGUGGCUGCAGAAUACCGGUCGACGGUCUGAGAUCGUGCUAGCGACCAAGUACACGCUGAGCCCGAUCUUUGGGAAGGUCGUGCAGCAGAGUAACUAUGGAGGUACGGGCACUAAGAGCAUGCGUGUGGCCGUUGACGAUAGUCUGAAGCGCCUCAAGACAGAAUACAUUGACCUGUACUAUGUACAUGCGUGGGACUUUGCUACGUCUAUCCCUGAACUGAUGCAAUCGCUCAAUACUCUCGUACAGCAGGGCAAGGUCCUCUAUCUGGGGAUCAGUGACACGCCCGCGUGGGUCGUUACCAAGGCUAAUGCCUACGCGCGUGAGCAUGGUUUACGUCCGUUUUCGGUUUAUCAGGGUCGUUAUUCGGCUAUCAUGCGCGAUCUCGAGCGCGAUAUUAUCCCGAUGGCGAGGGAUGAGGGCAUGGCUAUUCACCCGUGGGGUGUGCUGGGGAGCGGAUACAUCCGCUCACCGGACGCCGUCCCCAAGGAAGGUGGUCGACAAACGCCUCAUGUCAAGACAGGCCGCGAAGAACAGGUGUCGGCGGCUUUAGACACCGUGGCUAAGCGCUACGAGGUACCUAUUACGUCCGUUGCGCUAGCUUAUGUACUGCAGAAGGCCCCGUACAUCUUCCCCAUAGUCGGUGGGAACAAAGUCUCCCAUCUCAAGUCCAAUAUCGAGGCUCUGAGCCUAGAGCUCUCUACCGAGGACGUGGCCGAGAUCGACAAGGGCUACGACUUCGAUCUCGGCUUCCCGCACAACUUCCUCAACCUGGCGGGCUUUAUGACACAGGGUCCGCAGCAUGUGUCCUUCCUGUCGGGCUUGGGUCAUUUCGACUAUGUCGAGGCUCAAACUGCAAUUAAGCCUCGGAAGUAG